GUGAGAGCGCAAGUCGGACUGAGUCAGAGUCAGUCACCGUCGAGAUGAGCAUCGCCGACGUUUUCCUCGUCAACAAGCUGAUUAAGUUGAUCAAGGCGAACAGGUGCCUGUAUGACCCCAGGAGUGAAAACCACAGCAACCGAGCUUUUGUCAACAGCGUAUGGAAGUCGAUCGCGGUCGAUCUGGGCCAGCCAGAAACGUUUUGCCGUGAAAAAUGGAUAAACUUGAGAAGCAAUUUCGCCAGGGAGUUGAGAAAAACGCGAAGAAAAAUGUACGAAGAAGGAGUAAAAGCCAGUUCCCAAUGGGUAUUUUAUGAGGAGAUGAUGUUCCUUUCGCCAUUCGUCAAGACCAGACUGGCGACGGUAGAAAACAUUACGGAGCAUGAUGACCUGAGGAUGAAAAUGGAAAGGGAAAGCACCUCCGUGGAACUGGAACCGAUCGUGGACGAACAACCCGAGUUGAACAACAGUCACGUGGACGGGAAAAGGAAACACGUCGACGAAGAUAUGGACGACGACAAAAUGUUCCUUCUAAGCCUACACUCUAAGCUUAAAGAGUUGCCCCUUUUGGACAAUCUGGCAUUCAGGAUCGAAGUACACACACUACUUCUGGAAAAGCUCAAAAGUGCCAUGAAACAGUCAACCGUGUCCGUGGGUUCAGAACCGUUUAAACAAGAUCCAGAUUGUGUCUAAUGCUUUGUAAAUGCAUGUUUUUACUGUAAAUGAUUUU